UGUUUUCUACCUUCUCCUCCUGAGGUAGUCAGGUGAGGCGAGGAGGACCCAUGAGAAUCUAGCUUCCUUCUCUUCCCUUGUUUUUUUCCUAUCCAAAAUUCCUCCUUUUUCCUCUUCCUCAUCGCCUGAUUCAUGGAUCCCAAGAGCUCCUCCAAGCUUCCCAAGGAUGUCCCCAAGCACCGGCCGCAGUCGGACAAAGAGGAAGUCUCUUCGGCGAACGCACCAGAUGCAGAAAGGAGGGACCUUUUGCCGGCGGAGAGUGGGUUGCGAGAGGUGGUGGUCGGGAAGGAUGAGAAAAGGAAGCAGCUUGCGCCGAAAAGGAGCUCGAACAAGGACCGGCACACCAAGGUCGAGGGAAGAGGGCGGAGGAUAAGGAUGCCCGCCCUCUGCGCCGCCAGGAUCUUCCAGCUCACACGGGAACUGGGCCAUAAAUCCGACGGGGAGACCAUCCAGUGGCUCCUGCAGCAAGCGGAGCCCUCCAUCGUCGCCGCCACGGGCACAGGCACCAUCCCCGCGUCAGCCCUAGCUGCCGCCGCCGCUGCGUCCGCGUCGCUCCCGGCCGCCACCGUCCCUGCUGGCCUCCACCAGAAGCAGAUCGAUGAGCUAGGGCAGGGAGCGGGAUCCGGCGCUGCGCGGCCCGCUUGGGCGGUGAUGGGGGCCGCUGGCCUCGGCCGCGCGUACCCUAGCUUGUGGCCUCCCUCGGUCGGCGGGUUCAACUCUGGAUUCUUGCACGCAGCGCCAUCAAGUUCGAACCUUGCGACCGGCGGCGGCGUCGAUGCGCCGGUAGGAGGCUUCAUGCAGCGAAUCGGGGUGCACGGACUCGAAUUCGCCGGUGCCAAUCUGGGCGGCGCGAUGAGCUUUGCCCAGAUGUUGAGUGGGCACGGGCAGCAUCUGCCAGGGCUGGAGCUGGGGCUCUCCCAGGAAGCGCAUAUCGGAGUGUUGAAUCCUCAGAGCUUGAACCAGUUCUAUGCGCAGAUAGGGCAGGCAGGAGGAGACCCAGUUGAUGGAACUGGACAUGAACAACCACAUCACGACCAUCAAAAACGAAUUCCAUCGCCGGAGAAUGAUUCCGAGGGGUCAGAAGAGUAGAAACCAGAGUUUAAAAGGUGAAUUCAACGAUCAAUGGGAAGGAAGCUGCUGUGUCAAUCCAAUGAGAUUAGCAAGAUUUCAUUUUUGUUUCAGUAGAUUACUUAUCUUCUGCGUAGCCUUCAGAAUUCAUAUCAGAGGAAGUGAGAUCACUGUGGCAGCUUCCUUCCAUUAUUCUCUGCAUUCAGGAUCUCUGAAACUUGCAGGUGACUGUAUAUUAGUGGAUUUGAAUCCAUCGGAAGGAUUUCCGCGAGGUUAAUUAGUUCACGGUUUGUAAAUAGUAAUCUUGAAUCCUCCAUAUUUUUUUGUUGUUGUGUGUGAGGCAUGGUUGGUUUGAUUUAUAUGAAAUAAUAUCUGGAUUUCUUUAAGUUCUACA